UGUGUCUCCCCCUCGUUCUAGGACAUGACCCAGGGGAUCCAACAAGGCCAUGGGGUCUCAGCAUUCUGCCUUGGCCCGACCGCCCUCUUACCAGCAAAGGAGAGGAGAGGAUGGGGAGGAUUUGCUAGCCGAUCCAGAGCAGGAGGAAGCCAUCGCGCAGUUCCCCUACGUGGAGUUCACCGGGAGAGAUAGCAUCACCUGUCUGACGUGCCAGGGAACGGGCUACAUCCCCACAGAGCAAGUCAAUGAAUUGGUGGCCUUGAUCCCCCACAGUGACCAGAGACUGCGUCCUCAGAGAACUAAACAGUAUGUCCUUCUGUCGGUCCUGCUGUGUCUCCUGGCAUCCGGUCUGGUGGUCUUCUUCCUGUUCCCACAUUCAGUCCUCGUGGACGAUGAUGGCAUCAAAGUGGUGAAAGUGACGUUUAACACACAGGACUCUCUUGUGAUCCUCGCCAUCACGGCCACACUGAAGAUCAGGAACUCCAACUUCUACCCUGUGGCUGUGACCAGUCUGUCCAGCCAGGUUCAGUACAUGAACACAGUGGUUGGCACACAUGUGACUGCUAAUGCCUCCCUCAUCCCCCCGCGGAGUGAGCAGCUGGUGAAUUUCACAGUGAAGGCUGAGAUGGGAGGACCCUAUUCCUAUGUAUACUUCUUCUGUACCGUUCCGGGUAUCCUGGUACACAACAUCGUGAUCUUCAUGAGGACUUCAGUGAAGAUUUUGUAUAUUGGCCUGACAACCCAGAGCUCCCUGGAGACACAUCACUAUGUGGACUGUGGAGCGAAUUCCACAGUUGUGUAGCACGUGCUCUUGGCCAAAGUAACUGUGGUAGUAGCCAGCACCUGUUCCCAGGGCCCCAGCUCUGUGCCAGCUGUACAUUGCCUGAGUAGAAAAGGAAUCAGUUCUCUCAAGUCCCAGCAAACAGCCUCCUGCCACACGGGGGCAGCGGCUCUUAACAACACCAAGUACAUUUCUCACAAUCAGCAGGAACACAACCCAGUGCCUAGUUUAUACCAAGCAAAUAGCACUCAAUAAAAGUUUGAAGAUUUUAA